AUGGCAACAACAACGAUUGAAGCACCGGCCAUCUCAUAUGUGCAGGUCCCAGAAACGUCAGAAGACCUUGACUGGGCUGAUCUGCGGACCCUCGAUCUGGCCAAGUUCGAUCAACCAGGUGGAAAGCACGAGCUAGCCGCUGAGCUGACCAAAACGAUCGAAGAUGUUGGCUUCUUCUACGUUACAAACUACGGCCUCAGCAAAGAAGAAGUCGACGCCCAGUUCGGCCUAGCAAAGACCGUCCUCUCCCUUCCGAACGAAGAGAAACAGAAAUACCGCGCUGCGCUGGAACAGGGAGAUUAUAAUGGGUGGAAGCCAGCGGGAAUUCGCACGCUGGUUCCUGGUGUGAAAGAUAACUUUGAGAUCUAUAACAUACCGAAAUUUACUCCCGAGCAUGCGGAUCGGAAACAUCCAGACGUCGUCAGGGAGCAUUGGCAGAGUAUUGAGCAUUUUUCGAAGCAUAUCCACGAGAAGAUUGUGAAGAAGCUGCUUACCGUGUUUGCCAUUGCGCUUGGACUAGAGGAUGAGGAGUGGCUGGUGAACAAGCAUCGGUAUGAACAGACUUCAGGGGAUCAUCUGCGGUACAUGAAGUACUACGCGCGGAGUCAAGAGGAGAAUGACAAGCUGGGCAGUGUCUGGCUUAAGGGACACUCUGAUAUGGGAAGUCUGACACUUCUUUUCCGCCAGCCUGUUGCAGCACUGCAGGUGUUGACCAAAGGUGGUGAAUGGAAAUAUGUCAAGCCGCAGAUGGAGGCACUGACUGUAAAUAUUGCCGAUGCGCUGCAAUUCAUGACGAAUGGAUAUCUCAAAUCCAGCAUCCACCGCGUCAUCGCACCGCCAAAGGACCAGGCGCAUAUUGACCGUCUUGGAGUGUUGUACAUGGUGCGCAUUGAGGAUGACAGUGACCUGGUACCUAUCGAAGAGUCCCCUGUUCUGCGACAACGGGGACUGGUUGGUGACAAGAUCCUCGGGGAAGAUGGACAGCCGCUGAAGGCUGGGGAAUGGGUGAAACAACGCGUUAUAAAGAACCUGGGCGAGUCUACCGAGAAGGAGGGAGACAACGAGGUGAACGACGUGGAAAUCCUCAAGGGAGUUAAAGUGACGUAUUACGAUUGA